AUGGAUUUGAAAUUUGGGAUAUUUCUUAUACAGAUUGUCAUUGGAACUAUCGGCAAUUUUUCACUCUUGUGUUAUUAUAUCUUCCUAUACUUCAAUGGAUACAGGCCAAGGUCAACAGAUUUGUUUCUCAGACAUCUGAUUGUGGCCAACUCCUUAGAUAUUCUCUCCAGAGGGAUCCCAGAGUCCAAGGCAGCUUUUGAAAAGAAACAUUUCCUUGAUGAUCUAGGAUGUAAGUGUCUUUUCUAUCUUCACAGGGUAGGCAGGGGUGUGUCUAUCACCUCCACCUGCCUCUUGAGUGUGUUCCAAGCCAUCACCAUCAGCCCCAGGGACUACAUCUGUUCACAACUGAAACUGAAAGCCAUAAAAUACAUGCACCCUUUUAUCAUCCUCUGCUGGGUCCUGCACUUGCUGCUAGCUAGUAGAACUCUUGAGCGUAUCAUUGAUAAAGGGAACAAGAAAAACUUCUCCAGAACUAUAGAUUUCCAGCAUUGUUCAGCGAUAAUUCCUGACAAUGACUCAGGCAUGGUUUUUGCCGCAGUGACAUUAUCCCAUGACAUUUUGUGUUUACAGCUCAUGAUCGGGGCCAGUGGUUUCAUGGUUUUCAUUCUGCAAAGGCACAAGCAGCAGGUCCACCAUAUCCACAGACACAGCUCAGGUAGAUCUUCCGCUGAAACCAGAGCUUCUCAAAGCAUCCUUGCUUUGGUUAGUGCCUUCGUGUUCUUCUACACUGUGUCAUCUACCCUUCACGCUUGCUUAGCUCUUAAUGAUAAAACUGCUUUGUGGCUGUUGAAUGCCACUGUCCUAAUCAGUGCUGGUUUCCCCACCAUCAGCCCCAUCAUUCUCUUGAGUCGGGAAUGCAGCUUAACCAGGCUCAUCUCGAAGAAGUGA